AUGUCCAGCACUAUAUUGAUUGUCGGUGCCGGUUUCGCCGGAGUGUGGAGCGCACUCUCUGCGAAGCGCCUGAUCAACAACAGCAGCGAUCGAGCCAACACCAUCAACAUCGUCGUCGUAGCGCCUGAGCCGUUUCUGGUUAUACGACCGCGCCUCUACGAAACGAAUGCCGCCAGCAUGACGCAUCCCCUCGCUGCCUUGUUUGAAGCUGCCGGCGUACAGUUCCUUCAGGGAACCGUCGAGACGAUAGACACCCAGGCCCACACCGUUCACGUCAGGUCUCCGACGGGUCCCGACCCUGAAGUGGUGUCUUUUGACCGCCUCAUCCUCGCGGCCGGCAGCUCUGUUGUACGCCCGCAGGGCGUAACCGGACUUGGGCAACAUGCUUUCGACGUAGACUCCCUCGAAUCCGCUGCAAAACUCGAGGCCCAUCUCGAGAGUCUCGCGUUAUCCCCGCCGAGCGCCGCACGCGACACCGUCGUCGUCUGUGGCGCCGGCUUCACCGGAAUCGAGCUGGCGUGUGAGCUGCCACGGCGCCUCAGUCACCUGAAUAGUCCACGCAUCGUCUUGAUCGAGGGAGCAGACGUGCUUGGCCCCGAGUUGGGACCCGGGCCCCGUCCGGUAAUCACCCAGGCCCUGGAAGACCUCGGCGUCGAAGUCAAACUCGGCUCUGCGGUCGCCGCAGUCGACAAUCAAUGCGUGACUCUUGUCUCGGGGGAGCGCAUCGAGACGAUGACAGCGGUCUGGACAGCUGGCAUGCGCGCCACGCCCCUGACUGAACACAUUCCGGGGACCAAAGACACGCUCUCGCGCGUCCAUGUCGACAAACACCUCCGAGCAUUGUCUUCUGCGCACGUCUUCGUCACGGGAGACGCUGCCUACGCCUCGGCCGAUGACCAGGGCCACCACGCCUUGAUGUCCUGCCAGCACGCCCUUCAACUCGGCCGGGUCUCGGGGCACAACGCCGCUGCAGAUCUGCUCAACGAGCCGCUCCUGAAGUACUCGCAGGAGGCUUACAACUGCUGCCUCGACCUCGGCUCCUGGGGCGCGGUGAUCACGGGGGGCUGGGACAAAGAGGUGAGAAUGACGGGGAGCUUGGCCAAGCGAACAAAGGGGUACAUCAACCAGAAGCUCAUUUACCCUCCUUCAGACGCCGAGGAAGCGCUUCUUGCGGCGAACCCUGUAGGGCCCGACUCCGAUGAUCUCAUUGAGAAGAUUUUUGUGGCCGUCAGCUGA